ACGAGUCACCUGACUGAGUCACUUUAUAGCAACAACAGCCCCGCUCGCCGUCUGCAUUGCAGAAGUCGCCAUCGACGAGGCCGUUUCACCGACAACACAAACAGAGGAGCCGAAAACCAGCGCCGUCAUGCUCCUCCUAACCCUGCUCUUCGUGUCUUCAGCUGUGGCAACUCCUCUGCUGGGCACUGAGCAGUGUGCUCGUGGCCCCAUCUACUGGUGCCAGAAUGUAAAGGCAGCGUCUCUGUGUGGAGCCGUGGCUCACUGUCAGCAAAACGUGUGGAAUAAGCCCCAGAUGAAAACUGUGCCGUGUGACCUGUGUAAAGAAGUGUUGAUGGUGGUGGAUCAGAUUCUGAAGGAUAAUGCCACUGAGUCUGAGGUUCUUGGGUACCUGGAGAAGGUCUGCCAGCUCAUCCCUGAUAAAGAAAUGAUUGGAGAGUGCAAGGAGCUUGUGGAUGAAGGCUACCCCAUUCUCCUCGGAAUUAUUACUGGAGAAUUGGAGGAUCCCAGCGUGGUUUGUGGAGCCAUGGGACUGUGCAAGUCUCAGCAGGCAGCUCUGGCUGAAGUUCAUGCCACGGAGCAGAUCACAUCAAAUGAAAUCCCUCAGAUUGACCUUUCCCAGCAAGUGGCUCCAUUCCUCCUCAAUGUGCCAGAGCUCCUCUAUCCUCAGGAGGCUCCCAAAGAAGAGACUCCAAAGCCGGAAAACGACGACGUGUGCAAAGGGUGCGUUACUUUUAUUACUGCCUUCCAAAAGGAAGCCAAGGCCAACACCACGUAUGUUGAUGCGCUCAUUGGAAAUUAUGAGAGCAAGUGUGAUGAAAUGGGACCAGGCAUUUCUGACAUGUGCAAGCAGUACGUCAGCCAGUAUGGCCCCGUUGUUGUACAGCAGCUCAUGUCAAUGAAACCCAAGGACAUCUGUGCCCUGGCUGCCUUCUGUGGUGCUGCUGUGAAGAAGUCUACUCCUAUGAUGACGCUGGAGGCUGCCAUGGUUGUACCUGCUGAGGAAGUGGCACCUGCUCUCGAACUUUUCCCUGCCACCAAGGUGGAGCCUGCUAUCGUCGUUAAGUCUGUUAAGCCAAUGGUGCGUGUCCGUGAGUCUCCGACAUGUGCCAUUUGUGAAUUUGUGAUGAAACAGCUGGAGAGCAUGUUGGAGGAUCAUGCCACAGAGGAGCAAGUGAAGCUUGCUGUGGAGAAGGUGUGCAUGUUUCUGCCUUCUAGUCUGUCUGCUCAGUGCAAGGAUCUGAUUGACACCUACGGCGAGGCCAUUAUUGAACUUCUGGUGCAGGAGGCUGACCCCAAAACAGUCUGCACAGUGUUGAGCCUCUGCAAUGGUGCUGGGCGUGCAUAUGUUCUUGCGCUUGACAAAACCCGCUUCGACGCUGGUGGCUACUGUGAAGUGUGCAAGAUGGCUGUCACUUACAUCGACAGAAUUCUGGAGAAGAAUGCGACUGAGGCUCAGAUUGAGGACGCCGUGAGAAGAGUAUGCAGCUUCCUACCUGACUCCUUCCAAUCGGAGUGUGACCAGAUGAUUGAACAAUAUGAGCCCAUGCUCGUCCAACUGCUCAUCCAGAUGCUCGACCCAGACUUUGUGUGCAUGAAAAUGGGAGCCUGCCCUGAAGCUGUGCGCAGGCUGCUUGGAACAGAGCAGUGCAGCUGGGGACCUGCAUUCUGGUGCAAGAACAUGGAGACAGCAACUCGGUGCAAUGCUGUGGCUCACUGCCGGCGCCAUGUGUGGGUGUAGAGAAAGAUGAAUCAAACAAACUGACCUGUAGGGAACUAAUGUUGUAGUGCUGCUUCCUACUUUUAAUUUUUGUCUUGUUUUUCCUUUUUUUUUUUUAAACAAUUUGUUUAAAUCGACUUGUUUUAGAACGAUGUCUAUAUGGAAAGGGACUGGACUUUUUUUUUUUUUUUUCUUUCUUGGGAGCAGGGGCAGAGUGAAUUUGUAGGGCUUUGCAGCUUAGUCAGUCACUGCUUCACUGAGCAAAAGUCACAACGCUUCAGUCACUUUGCAAAUUUGUAUAAAAUGAAUUGUACCUUCUCUGUACAGCUUUCUGGGUGUGGUGAGAUUCAGGUUUCACAUGUUGUAUAAUGUGCCACUUACUGUGCUAGUUUCUUACCCUGGAGGAACAGAAUGCAAGCAGGAGGUUUGUAAAAGAGAAGAAGGAUUUUUAAUUUUACUGAUCUAGUUGAUUCCCAGUCUUCUUUUUUGCAGACAGAUGUUUGCUCUUGUUUUAAGCUGGUACCGUGAUUAGCCUGUGGGUAAAUGUCCCACUCACCUGCCAUUGUUUGCACUCUUGUAAAACCUCUAAAAUUCUAACUUACGAAUAUUAUUUGCUUCAAAGCCUGAACCAGCUGUUGGUUGAUACAUUUUUUUAAACAAUUAAAAUGAUCCCAAUCCA